AUGGGUUUCCGCUUGCCAGUUUUUGUUCAAGCUAAGCAGGUGAUUCGUCGAGCCUUGUCAACUCCGAUGUCCUCUGAUGUCCCCAAAGGAUAUCUCGCAGUAUAUAUAGGAGACACAGAGAGGAAGCGCUGCAUAGUCCCAGUUGCAUACUUGAAGCAUCCUUUUUUCCAGAGUUUGCUAAGCAAGGCAGAAGACGAGUUUGGGUUUGAUCACCCAAUGGGUGGUCUUACAAUUCCCUGCACAGAAGAAGAUUUCAUUGAUAUCACCAGCGGCUUGAAAUGCCGAUGAACUACAAGAACAAGACAUAAAAUUGAGUUCUAAUCCAACUAACUGAAGACGUGUAUUCAACAGUUUUGUUUAGUCUCAGCUUCAAUUGUAUUUGAUGAUAUUCACAAUCAAAUACAUUGUACAUACACACAUACUUGUAUCAUUCAUCUUUUACAUGAAGAAUUCAUAAAUUCAAAUAUCUUACUUAUAUAAUUCCUUUUUUUACUA